GGCUUUACAACCAAUAGGGAAGCCGCGUUCACUUUUCGCAUCGCGACUGCCUUCCUGCCUGGGUUACUCGUAGCUUCCUCCCAAGACUCGAUUUCAGCAGCUAUAUGAAGCUGGCGUCGACCUUUGAAUUUCCUUUAACCGUUCGACCUAGCAAACCGAAACCAAUUGAUGCACAUCCGCUUCCACGAACGCUCCGAAUCGAUAGCUCUUCCACACCUAUAUUGAUCGGCUUACGAACGACAUCAUGUCGGGCCUGUUCGGCAGCGCGUCUUCUUCUUCCUCGAGCAAUACUGUCGGCGAUUUGAAGCAGGACGUCGCGCUAAACAACCCUCCCGAGGACAGCAUUUCGGACCUUGCAUUCUCCCCGGCCCAGAAUCAGGCGAGUGACUUUCUGGCUGUGGCCAGUUGGGACAAGAAGGUUAGAAUAUACGAGAUUGCCCAAAAUGGCCAGAGCGAGGGGCGGCACGCCUACGAGCACGAUGGACCCGUGUUGAACUGCGACUUCUCCAAGGACGGAACGAAAGUCCUCUCCGGCGGCGCCGACAAGGCGGUCAAGGCAUGCGACCUUGCUUCGCAGCAAACAAUCAAGAUCGGCGAGCACGAACAGCCGGUCAAGUGCGUCCGCUUCUUCGAAUCGGCCAACGGCACCAUGGCCGUGUCGGGCUCCUGGGACAAGACGGUCAAGUACUGGGACUUGCGGUCGCCCACGCCGGCGGCGACGCUCACAUGCCAGGAGCGCGUCUACACCAUCGACGUGCGCAACGACCUGCUCGUCAUCGGCACCGCCGACCGGUACAUCAAUGUUGUGGACCUCAAGAACCCGACAAAGUUUUACAAGACGCUCCAGAGCCCCCUCAAGUGGCAGACCAGGGUCGUCAGCUGCUUCACCGACGCCGCUGGUUUUGCCAUCGGCAGUAUCGAGGGCCGUUGCGCGAUCCAGUACGUCGAGGACAAGGACGCUAGUUCCAACUUCUCCUUCAAGUGCCACCGCGACCCCCCGGCGAACAACGUCACAAACGUCUACGCCGUCAACGACAUCUCCUUCCACCCCGUCCACGGCACUUUCAGCACCGCCGGCUCGGACGGCACCUUCCACUUCUGGGACAAGGACGCGAAGCACCGCCUCAAGGGAUAUCCGAACGUAGGCGGCAGCAUCACGGCUACCACCUUCAACAAGAACGGAUCCAUCUUCGCAUACGGUAUCAGCUACGACUGGAGCAAGGGCUUCCAGCACAACACUCAGCAGUACCCCAUCAAGGUGAUGUUGCACCCCGUCCAGGCGGACGAGUGCAAGCCUCGUCCGACGAUGAAGAAGCGAUGAGCGAAGCAGCGGUGAAGUAGGCGGGAGUCUCGCGUGGGGACGGAGUUUUGGGCAUCCGGGGGGCAUGCUACGGGGAAUGCCUUACCAAGCGACUAGGCGUAAAGCGUCCGAGGCGGAUAGCAAGCAGAAGGUACCGCGCCGGGAUGCCUAUGUAAUGUGGGAGGGAGGGGGGUGGAAGGAAUCAGGGCCUUCAGAUGUCAGCAAACCAGCUAGUUUUCACACGGAAUCGUGGUAUCAUGCUCGCGAUAUAGGAGUGUUGGGCACAGGGCGAUACCAAAUUUGGCAAUCAAAAGUUAUCACAAAUCACAAAGUUGUCCAAGUGUUCAUCCGGGGCAGAAUGUGUUUUGACCAGGAUCUCGUCCUUUAUUUCUAUAUUUUGUAUUUUCCUGAUCGUUUCACAGGAUCAUCAAUUGGAGCCGUGGAAU